CAACCAAAAUAAAGUGAGCACAACAAACCCGUAGCGCAUCAUGGCGGCGUCGCUGCUGCGCCGGGACAAGAAAUCUACCGCCGCCCAUCUGAAGGCAGACCUCAAGAGGACUGACAACAGCUCAGGGCUGCGGCAGCUGCAGGAGCUGCUGGAUAGCGUGCUGAACCCGGAGCGGGGCUCGGACCCGGAGGCGCUGGAGUGGUGUAAAUGGCUGCUGGCAGGAGGGGACGGAUUCGACGAGUUCUGCCGGACCGUCCGAUCCUACGAUAACGCCACCCUCUGCGGGCUGGUGUGGACUGCCAACUUCGUGGCGUACCGUUGCCGGACUUGCGGCAUCUCGCCCUGCAUGUCGUUAUGUGCGGAGUGCUUCAAUAACGGCGAUCACACGGGCCAUGAUUUUAACAUGUUCCGGAGUCAGGCCGGUGGGGCCUGUGACUGCGGGGACGGGAACGUGAUGAGAGAGAGCGGGUUUUGCAAUAGGCAUCGGUUAAAAACGGGAGAGAACGUGCCAUCAGUCCCUCGGGAUCUCCUGCUCAUGUCUGAGAUGGUGCUGCCGCGGUUUAUCAUCACUAUCAUUCAGUACCUGAGAGACGGCUACACUGAGCCAGAGUCUGCCGCUGACAGAGAUCUGCAGAAGGUUCUUCAGCAGUUAGAGCCACACAUAUCGUUCUUAGAAGAGCUCACCAAGAUGGGCGGGGCCAUGCGCACUGUUCUCACCAAGAUCUUAACCAAUCAGCAGACCUUUAAAGAACUGAGCAUGGGUCAAGAGGAGAAUGUUUAUGCGAAGAGGAACUAUGAGAAGUAUUUGUCAGCAUUGAAGAGUUCAGGUUUGGUGUCGGUGGAAGAGAAGGGAGCAGGAAUAGCUGGAGCUGGGGCAACAGACACUCCAGCUGGGGCAGGAGCGCUCAGUCUACUGGGAGCUACUGCUGCUGCCAGUCUGGAAGACUCUAGCAAAGAGGAGGAUCAGGAUGGGCUGCAGGGUGUGGGUCAGAGGAAAAGAGUCAAGCUCAGUAGCAGUACCAAAGAUCCAUCCAUAAUGGACACCCUGAAACACAAAUGUUUUUUAGAAGAGUUAUUGUUUUGGACUAUUAAGUAUGAAUUUCCACAGAAGAUGGUCACUUUUUUGCUCAACAUGUUGCCAGAUCAGGAUUACAAGAUCACAUUCACUAAAACAUUUGUACAACACUAUGCCUUCAUCAUGAAGACCCUCAUGAAGAGUCACGAGUCGGACACCAUGUCCAACCGCAUCGUUCACAUCAGCGUGCAGCUUUUCAGUAAUGAAGAGCUGGCGAGACACGUCACAGAGGAGUGCCAGUUACUGGACAUCAUGGUCACUGUGCUCCUCUACAUGAUGGAGAGCUGCCUUAUCAAGAGCGAACUGCAAGAUGAGGAGAAUAAUCGUCACGUGGUGGUGAACUGUGGUGAAGCUCUACUGAAGAAUAACACCUACUGGCCUUUAGUUAGUGAUUUUAUUAAUAUCCUCUCGCACCAAAGUGUGGCCAAGCGCUUCCUGGAGGAUCAUUCUCUGCUGCUGCUCUGGAUGAGUUUCGUCUCCUUCUUUCAAGGAAUGAAUCUUAAUAAGAGAGAGCUGAAUGAGCAUGUGGAGUUUGAGUCUCAGACGUAUUAUGCAGCGUUUGCAGCUGAGCUGGAGGCCUGUGCUCAGCCCAUGUGGGGUCUCCUCACACACUGCAAAGUCAAAGAGACCCAAGAGUACACUAAGACAGUGGUGCGGUACUGUCUGGAAACUCUUCAGAUGUGGUUUGAUGCCAUUGGGUUUGUAGAUGAGCCUGCCCUCAACCAGCUGACCUUUCAUUUACCUCUCCAUAGAUACUAUGCCAUGUUCCUCAGCAAGGGAGUGAAGUGUCAAGGUCUGGAUUUGGACAGUUUGCUUCCUGAUCAGGAGAUGCUUAUGAAGAUCAUGGUUCACCCUCUUCAGAUACAGGCUAGCCUGUCUGAGAUCCAUAGUAACAUGUGGGUGAGAAAUGGGCUGCAGAUUAAAGGUCAGGCCAUGACUUAUGUCCAGUCUCACUUCUGUAACUCCAUGAUUGACCCAGACAUCUACCUCCUACAGGUGUGUGCGUCUAGACUGGAUCCAGAUUACUUCAUUUCCUCAGUGUUUGAGAGGUUCAAGGUGGUGGAUUUGCUGACGAUGGCAUCUCAACAUCAGAACGCAGUGCUGGACUCGGAGCAGGAGAGACCCAUGCUGGAGGGAGCGCUGACCUUCCUGGUCAUACUGUGCAGUCUCAGAAUACACUUAGGAAUGUCUGAUGAUGAGAUCUUGAGAGCGGAGAUGGUGUCGCAGUUGUGUAUGAAUGAUCGUACCCACAGUUCCCUGCUAGAUCUUAUCCCGGAGAAUCCGAACCCUAAGAGCGGAGUGGUGCCGGGCAGCUGUAGUUUUGAGGAGAUGCUGUCUGCUGUAGCUGAUUUUAAAGCCCCGGUGUUUGAGCCCGGAGGAUCUAUGCAGCAGGGCAUGUACACGCCUAAAGCGGAUGUCUGGGAGAAAGAGUUUGACCCUAUAAUGGUGAUUUUACGCACAGUAUACCGCAGAGAUGUGCAGUCGGCCAUGGAUCGAUACGCAGCAUUUUUGAAACAGUCAGGCAUUCAUACAGGGAACCCCUGGCCACCCUAUAAGGAGAGGACCCCUCUGCACCCCUGCUAUAAAGGACUGGUGCGCCUUUUGCACUGCAAAACCCUACAUAUUGUCAUCUUUACACUGCUUUAUAAGAUCUGGAUGGAUCAUCAGAACAUGUCUGAACAUGUGUUGUGUAUGGUGCUGUAUCUGAUAGAACUUGGGCUUGAUAAUCAGGUUCAUGAUGACAAAGUGGAAGAGGAGCCCUGUAUUGAGGAGCACUGCCAUGACAGCUGGUUCCCAGGCACCAGUCUGCUGUCGAACCUCCAUCACGUCAUCAACUUUGUGCGGGUUCGAGUGCCAGAGACUGCACCUGAGGUGGAAAGGAAGAGAGAGAGGGAGAGAGAGCGUGAAACUCCUCCCAGCACCAGCUCUGAGAGCACCACUUUUGGACAGAGUUCCAGAAGGCUGACAGGAAAUUGGAGAGAGAACCUGCGUGAGGCUCAGGUGUUCAGUCUAGUGGCGGAGCGCAGAAGGAAGUUUCAGGAGAUCAUAAACCGUAGUAACCACGAGGCCAGUCAGGCAGUGCGGCCCAAGUCCUCGUCCUCUCGCUGGCUGCCACCCGGCUCACCUCCACAGCUGGUGACCGAGAUACUGGAGAUCCGUGAGAGCAUGCUGUCACUCCUGGUCAAACUGCACCAGAAACUGUCUGCCAAACAGAACUCUCUGUCUCUGAGUUGGUUGGCCGAGGUGGAUCCGGCCCAUCACGCGCACGGAGAUGGGUUAACAGCCAUAGAAAGAAUCCUGGCCAAAGCUGCCGCCCGUAGCCGGCACAGCAAAAGGUGCCUACAGGAAAUCUGUGGGAAAGUGUGUCCACCCAUACCACCCAAGAAGAACAGUCCUGGAGAUAAGAAGAGUAUGGACAAGGAGGAAAGGCGUCAAAGGGCCAGAGAGAGACAGCAGAAGCUGCUGGCGGAGUUUGCCUCCAGGCAGAAGAGCUUCAUGGAGACUGCCAUGGAUGUUGAAUCACCUGAAACAGAUGCAGUGAUGGACAUGGCUUCGGCAGAACCUCUAGACUCUGAAGUUUUGUAUGACUGUGUGAUCUGUGGUCAGAGCGGCCCGUCUACUGAAGACAGACCCACAGGACUGGUGGUACUGCUGCAGGCCUCAUCAGUGUUGGGGCACCGUUGUCGUAGUGACACACCAAAGCGAUUGCCUACCACGGAUGAGGAGCAUAUCUACCCUGAGGACACGUGUGGAGCGACCCAUGAUGUUAGGCUGUCCCUUAUGCAACGCUACUUUAAAGAUAGUUCCUGUUUGCAGUCUGUGUCUAUUGGCUGGGACGGGGGUGUGUAUGUGCAGACGUGCGGCCACACUCUGCAUAUAGACUGUCAUAAGUCUUACAUGGAGUCUUUACGGAAUGAUCAGGUUCUUCAGGGGUUUUCUGUGGAUAAAGGCGAGUUCACCUGUCCGCUGUGUCGUCAGUUCGCCAACAGUGUUUUGCCCUGUCGUCCUGGGCGUGGGAUGGAGACGGGCGCCUGGCAUGCACCCAGUAACAAGAGCAUGUCCACACUGGUAAAGGAGGUGGAGGACCUUCAGGAGCAGCUGGGCAUUUUCCCAGUAAGCGCCAGCCUAAAGCAGAGAGAUCCCAUACUGGCGGAGUCAAAUCUGAGUAAAGAGAUGGAAUCUGUUAUAAAGGACAUUAAAAACACCACACAGAAAAAGUACAUGGAUUAUGGGAAGAACCCUGGGUCACCUGAUAAUGACUUCCUGUUCAUGUACUCAGUGGCCAGAACAAAUCUAGAGUUAGAGUUGGUUCAUCGUGGGGGGAAUCUAUGCAGUGGAGGGGCCAGUGCUGCUGCCAAACGCUCCUGUCUCAAUCAGCUGUUUCAUGUGCUGGCCAUGCACAUGCGUCUCUACAGCAUAGACUCAGCAUACAACCCCUGGACCAGACUCACACAGAUCACGCACAGCAGAGACACUGAGUACUGUGAUGAUGAACGUCCUGAGGUGCCCAUGCUCUUCAGAGACGUCCCGUCCCUCCUCAUCAUCUUCAUCCUUACCAUGCCUCAGCCUUUACGCAAAGAGCACUUUACGUGUGUGGUGAAGGUGUUGUACAGUCUGCAGUACACACAGGCUCUGGCCGCUCUGUCUAUCAGAUUCAGCCGUGAGGAGAGACUCGCCUGGAGCAACACCGGAGCUGCCAAGAAGAACACGCCAAACUCUGACAAAUCAUGGGAGUCGCUCCUGGGUCACAUGAUCUCUGAGCUGACCAAGGCCAAAGAUGUGUAUGACACCAACUCUGAGGAAGCAUUUGUGUUGAGCUCCAGUGUGUGGUCUCCUCAGUCCAUUGAGUUCAGCCUACAGCAGUUCUGUCUGCCCUUCCUGAGACUGUCCUGUUUACUGCAACACCACCUGUAUGGAGACAGCUUACCUGGCUGCCUGGUGGAAGAGGAGUUCUCUCUGCUGUCCGGGUGCCUGGGUUUAGCUGGUUCUGUUCAGUCCAGUGGAGCCAUGAGCAGUGCAGCGUGUCUGGAGUGGAACAUCAGUGCUUUCGAUCUGAUCAGUCAGUGGUGUUCAGAAGUCAUCGGUCUGUCUGAUACUCCCGCCCAGCAGUCUGUGUCUCUUUUAGUUCAGGAUCCGCAGUGGGCCGCCCCUCGUCUCCUGCACCUCCCAGACAAUUACAACACCAUCUUCCAGUACUACCACAGGAAGUCCUGCACCAGUUGUGGCAAGACCCCCAAAGACCCUGCGCUUUGCCUGGUGUGCGGCGCAUUCGUCUGUCUGAAGGGUCACUGCUGUAAACAGCAGGGUGUCUGUGAGUGUGUGCUGCACUCUCAGCACUGCGGAGCAGCGACCGGUAUCUUCCUCCUGAUAAACGCCUCGGUCAUCAUUAUCAUCCGAGGCCAUCGCUUCUGUCUGUGGGGGUCUGUGUAUCUUGACGCUCAUGGAGAGGAGGACCGAGAUCUACGUCGAGGAAAGCCUCUGUAUUUAUGUGAGGAGAGAUACCGCGUUCUGGAGCAGCAGUGGGUCUCGCACACCUUCGACCACAUCAACAAGCGCUGGGGUCCCCAUUACAAUGGACUUUAACAGUACAGCCCACAUCCUGGAAGAGGACAGGUCACAUGAUGUCAGUCCCAGCCUCUGUGACAUCCUCUGAUGAUUUGUUUCGUGUAAUAUAAAGAAAACCUGCAUUGAGUUGGCCACAGCCUGGGUUCAUGUGAAGUUUAGUGUACAAUCAAGCCUAUUGACUAAUAGCGUGUGUGUGUGUGUGUUUAAAAGUGUUUUUUUUUUUUUUUUUUUUUUUUUUUUUUUUGUGUGUGUGUGUGGAUUUAUAGGGGAGAAUUUUGUUUUGUCCCAGCAAGCUCACGGUGAAAGCACACUGAGUGACUGUGUCUCGUCCAACGGACGCACAAGUGGAAUAAUACUCCCGUUCUGUAAUGUUUGGAAAACUGACAUAGUUUUUGAGGAGAGAGACUCUUGGAAAAAGACCAAUGUUAAACAAAUCAUGUACAGAUAUCAGAAUUAAUAUCAAAACCUUGAAUGCUAAAGGUACCAAGACUCUCAACAUACCGCCCCCCCCUCCCCCCACCACCACCCCAUGACCACAUCAUGCUAUUUGAGUUGAAACACAUCUCAUAAGACUGACUGUGGGUUCUAAAGCAGGGUAUGAGAUGAAAUAUCAACCGAUUUGAGCUUAAAGUGAGAUUUAUCUCUGCUUUGAGGUGUAGUUGAAGUCAUCCUCAGGAAUUUUAUUUUAUAAGUUCUUCUUUUGUUUUGUAGUCGCAGAUAAAAAUUUUAAUAUUUAAAAAGUGCUGCUAUUCAUUGUUUGAAAAAAGUAAAUUAUACCUUUGUAAAAAAAGAAUAUUUUUACAAUUUUCGUCUUUUUUUUUUUUUCUAAUGAAGGCUUUUUGAUGGUGGUUGGCUGGUCUGUAGCACAUUAUAUUUAAUGACUGGAAAUGUCAUAAAGGUAUUUUUUUUUUUUUUUUUUAAACAUUAACGUAUUUUUUUUGCAUUAAGAAAAUGAAGUUUGUUUUAAAAUAAAGGAUCUCCGCAAUUAUAUUCAUAACAGUCAAACACUAUUUGCCCCAAAUUUGUAUUACUGUAAGCCAUCUUGUUUGUUUGUUUGUUUGUUUGUUUGUUUUUCCUCGGUAGUGUUUUUUGUGUCUUUCUUUUGCUGUCAAGAAUGGGCAGUUGUGUUUCAUUUGUUAGGAAAAUAAUGCAACGCAAAUGUGAUUCUAUAAAUCUGCUUCAUUUUUUUUAAAUGCAAAAAAAUAAUUUCUUCUUUUGUUUGGUUAGGGGGAAAUAGUGUUCUGUGAAUAUUCUUGACAGAUUUCCUGAGAUUCACCAAACUAUAACCUAAAAAUCUGACCACGUGCCCACUGAGUCAGUUGUCCCUCAAAGUUUUGAUUGUCUUUCCCAUAUUCUAAUUACAUAGUAAUGCCUGGACUGGUGUCAGACGGUCCAUAGGGGGCAGUGUUUGCCAUUACACUGAGCUCUGGUUCAAAGAGAUAUUUGAUGGCAGUUCUGUUGGUCUUAUGUAUCUCGAUGCUCAAUGCACAUUUGCAAAAAUCCUCUGAAGUAAGAAAAUUUGUUAUAGGUUUUGUAGCAACUGGCGUCUAGAGCAUAAUUUCUCCUCCUCUAGGAUUUUGCAGAUAGUGAAAUUUUCUCAUUUAAAGACAUUAUUCAUGUGUUGUGAAGAUAUUUUGAUGCACACAACACCCGAGAUAUUGAAUUCCUGAUCUAAGGUGUUUCUGAGUAAAGGGUUGUCACUUUAUUCUACUGCUUUGAACUCGGCCAGAUUGUGUGUAGAUCCUUAAUGCAAAAGUAUCAGACCAAAAUAAAAAAAGAAAAAAAGAAGAAACCUGUUUUGAUGUUAUCAUAAAGUAAAAAAUGAAAAAGGAGAAAAAGGUUAUUUGGUACUUGAUAAAAAUAGACGUUUUAGCGAAGGCUAGUUUUCCAGUCCGAUAAACGUGGUGUUCCUCAAAGCUCUGUCCUCGGACCAUCUUUGAUUGUGUAAUCUGUAACUGUGGAGAGGGCAUUAUGUAUACACAAGUUAAUUAUUUGAAAAUGCAUUAAGCUGGAUCACAUCAAAUUGAAUAUUACAGCCCAGUCCAGUGAUGGACAUGUAUGGUAUGGCACACAAUUCUUUUUUCUUUUUUUUUAUUUCACGCAGAUCCUAUGUUAGCAAAUAGUUUUAGUACUUCUUUUCAUUCUUCCCCACUUAACAAUUAAGAUCAAGCUUCACAUUAACAUAAAAUGACCCCAGUUUAAACCUGAUUGUGACACCACACUGAGAGUUCUUGAAAAAAAAAUAAAAAAAUAAAUAAAAUAAAAAAAUUGUCCCAUCCUAUUUGUUUUAAUUGUAUAUAGAAAUUUAAUACACACGUUUGAAUGCAGUUUGCAGAACAGUUUCCAUAUGAUGUUUAGUGUGUCUAUUUUGGUUGUGAGUCACAAUCAAAAUAAUGACAUUACUGGAGCCCUUGUAAUAAUAAUCAGUGCGAUUACAGUGACGCAUCUAACAUCCAGCUAUAUCCAAGUGCAUUUUGCUUUUGUUUGUUUCUUACCGAAGCACCCCCAACACCACACAUAUACACAUUCAGACACUCACACGCCAGAAGAAGCAUGUUUGGUUUGUAUUGAUCAGUUUGAUUGGUAGGUAUUGAUUAUCAUUGCUGCAGUCAUGCCAUGCUGGAGAGAGGAUGUUUUCAGUGCACUUGAAGUUUGCUUUCUUUUCUUUAUUUUGAUUUGGUUUCUUGCAUGCUGCUGUUUCUGUUAUUUUUUUCUUUUUUUUCUUCUUCUUCUUUGAGAGGUCUUUUCUCUCCUUCCCCACUUUGUAUAGACAGAAAGUUGUGUUAAGCGUGAUGGGUGGAUAAUGCUGGUGUGUUCUCCUGCGGUGAAUGCUUGUCAGGCAGGCAGUAAUACAGUACAUUACUGUAGGUGCUGAUUCAGACUUUAUGAUGUCAUCUCUGAAAGGGUGACUUUUAAUGACAUUUAAUGCAAAAUGUAACAUAUGUGAAUAAAAUAUACAGAUGCUCUGA